AUGAGCUUUAUGCCAGUGUAUCAACCCUCCCUUUUUCGACUUCGUCACUCUCUGGCUGAAUGCCAAAUCAACGAAAUCUACGAGAACCAUGAGAACUCCGCCCAUCCUAGUCACCACAAACACCACCACCACUUCCACGCGAUUCCUUCUUCCUAUUCUUCCUCUACUACCACCAAACCUUCUUCUCGCUUCCCUCCUACCAACACAUCAAUAAGCCACGCCCCCUUGGCGCCGCAAGAAGAGUAUCUCGACGAGUCGGGUUCUUCUGCCAAUUCCGCGAAUACCUAUUUUUCGGAUCUUUUGUCUUCCACAUCCUGUUCUGAAAAUUCGACGACUGAAAGUGUUAACUGUAAUUACGAAGAAACAAGAAACGCGUUUCUGAUGGCUUCUGGAUUCCCGUCUCUUUCUUGGAAUGUUCAGUACAUCGGAUCGUUUCCAAUUUCUGGAUCACAUGUGGACAACUUGGGAAAGCGAAUCGACUCGUUUGUGCCAGCUGGGAGCUCGGUUCCUCAGAAUGUGGAGCUGUCGAUUGCGAUAUCCGGAGUGAAGAUUUGUUGUGAGAAGACCAUUCUGAUGUCUCACUCACUUCGGCGUGUCACUGAAGCUUCGGCUCGUCCAGAUACCAAAAAUGUUGGCUACGUGGCUACAGAACCAAUCGGAAGAACUUAUCGUAGACUUUGUCACGUCUUCCAUUGUCACAGCUUCAAAGAGGCCGAAGAGAUCCAAAACUUACUUCAAAGAGCCAGUCCAGAAGUGAUCGCAUCAUCCAUCCAACCUAUUCCCAAGUCAACAGUUUCCACAUCCUCGAUGCAUCCUACGAACACUGCGUCAUCAAUGACUGAGAAGCGAAGUGCGUCUACAGUAUUUCUCAACCGAUUUUUGGGGAAAAAGGGCAGUCAAACGGUUGACGAGACUGGACAAUGUAAAAGAAAACGCCGUCCAGUGUCAGCGGUCUUCUCAUCGGCCAUUCAUCGUCUAUCCAGCUCUACGUCAUCAGUGAAUCCGAAAAGAAUGAGCACAAUUGAACCACCAACUCCAACUCGUGAGCAACUUCUUCAACUCCAAAGUCAGAUGCGUUGUGCUGCUUCAUCGCCAGUUCCAGAAGAACCAAGGCCAACGGAGAUGUGUGCAUCAUCUACAACAACAUCCACGUCUUCUGUUGCUUCUUCUAGUUCAUCAAAUGGCUCAUCAUCUUCCACAGCCACAUCACCUGUUCCACCUGCUCCACAAACAUCGUUGAUUUUCGACGAAAAGCUCGGUGAAUGGAUCUAUCCGAUUGAUCAAGCAUUGAUGAAACAGCUCGAUAACUGCAGUUAUUUUGUGGGUCAGCCAACAAAAGACUCGAUGGUUUAUAAUCUGCUGAGCCAACCGGAAGGAGCGUUUGUGAUCCGAUAUUCAGAGAGCAAAUCAAAGUGCUUGGCGCUUUCAAUGAGAGUUCCAGUAACUCAUAAUCCAGCUGGCAUCUCUCAUUAUCUUAUUAUCCGAAACGAGCAUGGUUUCAGACUCAAGCUCUCUGCCACCAAAAAACCAUUUCCGACUCUUCAAAUGAUGCUGACUCAUUACUCAGUUCUCGAGAGUCAUCUUCCAUGUACACUUCAUUUUGUUCAAUGGCAGAAGACAAACUUCAAGCAACUCCAACCAAUGAACACUCAAGAGAGACCACCGAGAGCAUUUAAUCGGCAUUCUACUGCAUUGACGAAGAUCGAUGAAAACCGAAAUGUGACUGCUACAUCGGCACCGUUCCGAUCGUCUGGAAGAUGUGGACCAGAUGAUUUCACGACCCCGAAGAAUAGAAGAACUCGCCACGAAAUCAAUGCAAUGCGUCGUUCUCAUUUCUUCGAUGAUCGGCAAAUUGUACUGUAG